GGUCUUCAACAUCAAAAGCUGGCAAGGAGAGGGUGAGCCUGAGGAAGGAGCCUUCUAGAGGCGAUUGUGCAGAUUGAUGUUCGAGGCUGGUGACGAGCAGCAACAAUGAUGGCCUUUAUGCAGAAAUUGUUGAGUUGCUGUCCGCUUGAUUCAUGACAAUUCGAACGCCCCGUAUCAUAUUUGCUAUGCUUGUACUAUGUCCCUGUCGUUGUUGCGCCAGCGACACCUAGCAAAAGAGCUGCCGGAUAGAUGCCGAUCGACACAACUGUAGAGCGUACUUGGCAGGUGUUAAGCUGUAAUGCUACCUGUGUAAGUCACAUAGCAGCACUUCGCUGCAAUGGCACCCUUGAGGGAGCGCGUGCUGCAAUUCCUCCAUGCAACGGUUGAGGAAGGUCAGAAGUCAGCGGGCCAGCUGCUGAGAGAGGUCCAGAUGACUUUUGACAAUCUGAGUGGUGCACAGUGGCAGCUUGUUAGAGAGAUUGUGUCGCAGUUUCCCACUAGAAAUGUGCCAGGAGCGGGGGCCGAAAGGGAGCGUGAGCAUGAGGAUGAAGGAGAUGAUGGCUUGGAUACAGCGCUGGGAGAAACGUUCUGCUCCUACAAUCCUGGUCUUGUUGGGGUUGGCAACCCUCAUCCAGCCUUUGUUGACAUCUGCGCUACUCUCGCGUCCAUCCCUCAGCCUGCCUGCACAUACAAAGCAGGGCUGCCUACAGAGGUCAUGUGCCGCAGGCUUUCUCAGUUGCAGCUUGAGACUGUCCUCAUGGCAUGUCAGCGCUUUCAGGGGCUCCUGCCGGAUGGAAGCAGGCAAGGAUUUUUCCUAGGGGACGGAGCAGGCAUGGGGAAAGGACGCCAGAUCGGGGGUCUCCUCUACGAGCUCUUGUUACGCGAACACAGAAAGGCGGUGUGGUUCUCUGCCAGCUCUGGCCUGCACUACGAUGCAGAGCGCGACAUUGGAGACCUUGGCGCCCUCAAGUACAUGAAGCUUCACAGACUAGACCAAUACGGAUAUGGAGACCUCCCAAUGGAUUCCGGAGUCCUCUUCAGCACAUACACGAUGCUUGUCUCAGUCUCCAGCGAUGGGACCAGUCGGCUCGACCAGAUUGUGGACUGGUUAGGGGAGGACUUUGAGGGCUUGCUUGUUUUUGACGAGGCGCACAAGGCCAAGAACGGAGAGUACAUUAACCGGAAAAACAAGCUGGUCAAGGGUACAAUCACCGCAGCAGCUGUUUUCGAGCUGCAGCGUAGGCUAUCUAAGGCCAGGGUGGUGUACGUGUCGGCGACGGCGGUGACCGAGCCCCACCACCUGGCGUAUAUGCCUCGGCUGGGGCUAUGGGGCCAGGGCGCGAGCCUCAAAGACUUUCCCGCGCUGCUCAAGAUGUGCUCCCAAGGGGGGGUGGGCGCCAUGGAGAUCCUGUGCAUGGAAAUGAAGAUGCGAGGCAUGUUCCUAAGCUCUCCUACCGCCACCCUGAGACGCCCGCGCAGUUCGAAAUCAAGAUGCUCAACCUGA